AUGGAGAAAUCACGAUUCGAAUUCAAGAGGAUGAGCAGCCGCUCGAGCUCCAACUCUUCCUCUCUCGGAAGCGAUUCCUUCCUUCCGAUACACAGCAGCUUCGAGAAGCCCGUCAUCCGAUUGCGCACCGUAGUUACACACGGAGUCUACCGCCGAGUCUUGAUAUGGGCCGUUACCAGCGUGCUGCUGGUUACUGUAUUCCUCUACAGCACCAGGGACGGAAGCUUGCACCGGAUAUCAAAUGACACCAGCACCCCGUCGGCGCUCUCCCACGGCUCUGCUGAUGUUCCUUCCAACGCCGACUCACCGGCCCCUCCAAAGGUGCAUAAGCCUCCACACAACAACGGUAUCAAGGAAGAGCACGAUGCUGAGACCAUCUACCAUGUCAAUCCUAACCCCGAAGACCCCGACCAAGAUGGAAGUGAGAAGCCGGAAACUCCGGAGAGCCUGAAGAGAUGGGAGGAAGAUCUCGGACGAAUGCCGUGGCUCAACUUCAAACUCUUCGAUGGUUAUUUCAACGGGCUGAAGACGCUUGUUUCCUCUGCGAACCAUGUGCCAGAGAAUGCGCGGGUGCCACCUCCACUUUCCACACGAUCGUCCGCCGAUGAAGAGACACCGUCUCAGAAGCCUUAUUACCCGUACAACUCGUCACACCCUGACUUCCGACUUUGCUAUCUUGACAGCCAAAAUACAAUUCCGGCCCCCGAUAUUUUCGCAUACAGUGGCAUUCCUCAGAAUUUCCCCAACCCUUCCAUGGGCUCUUAUCAGGCUCUCGGAAUCCCGGAUGAUGUUUGCUUCGACCGUUUCGGCCGGUACGGUCCUUAUGGUUUUGGAUACUCCAAGCGAGAGGGAGGCUCUGGCGUCGGUCAAUUCACCGAAAGCUCUGGCAACGAGCGAGUUUGGGCUACUUCUGGAAAGAUUGACUACAACACUGUUGAUUGGGCUGAUGCGCAGGAUCGUUGCUAUGAAGCCAACAAGGCCCGAUUCCAGCAGGUAAACCCUGAAACCAACAAGCUCGUACCCGUCGAGGGAAAGAAGGCACGUAUUGCCGUCGUCAUCCGGGUGUACACGGGUUUCGAAUGGACAGACCUCGCCAUUCUCAACUUCCGAGCUCUUAUCAACGAACUGUCGCUGAAAUCGGGGGGCGAGUAUCAGGUCCAUUUCCUUCUACAUGUCAAGGACGGGGAUACCCCCCUUUGGUCGGAUGAGGCGACAGCCCGAAGAGUCGUGGAAACUAAUAUGCCAGCCGAAUUCCGCGGAAUGGUAACCCUAUGGAGCGAACCCCAAAUGGCACUCUACUACCCUGGCAAGUUCCGCGACUCGUAUUCCAACCCUAGUCAGAGAGAGCUUGGAGGAGUCUACCGCAGUGGACACUGGCCACUCCAGAUCUUCGCUAGGCAGCACCCCGAGUAUGAACACUUUUGGAACUGGGAAAUGGAUAUGAGAUGGGUUGGCAACUAUUACGAGCUAUUCAAUCGUAUGACCAAGUGGGCGGAGCAGCAGCCGCGCCACCUGGCAUGGGAACGCAGCUCCCGAUACUUCAUUCCCUCUUAUCAUGGAAACUGGGAGAACUUUACCGCGACCGUAGAGCGCGACGCGGGAGAGUCGGGAAUCGAACCAGUGCUUGGACCCGUCCAGUUCCAAGGUAGAAAGUCACUUCGGUUUGAAAUGAGAGGAGAGUCACCAAUGCCUGCAUCCUGCGACCCUGAUAAGGACCAGAGCUUGUGUGGUGUUGGUGAAGAGGCUGAUCUGAUUACCGUGAACCCUAUUUUCGAUACUCACAUGUCGGGUUGGGCAUUUGGCCUGGAUGCCGUCGGUUAUCCCAAGAAGGCUCCUCCUCCCCGCAGGGCUGCUAUUAUCACUGCCUCUCGCCUGAGCCGACGACUACUGGAUUCGAUGCAUGAGCAAGUAUGGAGGCACCACCAGACCAUGUUUUCCGAAAUGUUCCCGGCUAGCAUCGCCUUCCAUCAUGGCUUCAAGGCGGUUGCUGCCCCUCAUCCGAUUUACUUGGACAGACAAUGGGGAGAUGCUAUCAACGAAGUCUUUAACGGUGGCUCUCACCACUCCACAGACGGUCACGGAUGCCCCUUCGACAUCUCCAACGAGCAUAAUCAUCGUGGAUCUACUUGGUAUUUCAACAGCAAGUUCUCCGGGAUGCUGUGGCGAAGAUGGCUGGGAUACCCACAGAAGGACAUGAGAGGGAGAUACCAGUCAACCCAGGGGGAGGACGGAGUCAUGCAGGGCGGAAAGAACCAGGAAGAAUCCAGCUCGGGCACCGGACGCAUGUGCUUGAGAUCCAUGCUGCUGCACCCGAUCAAGCUGGAGCACCCUUCCGAGUUCAAGUAA